ACGCUCCUCUGCUGCACCUCACAUCCGCCUACCGCAUCUCUGCGCCAUCCAUACACGACGUUCAACGACUCCUCCUCUUCGCCGUCGCGUACGUCGCCUGCCCCGCGCGCGUGCAGGCAGCAGCGCUCUAGCAGUCCGCGGUUCGGCGCGACAUGGCGGCGGGCCAUGGCGCCGCUGGCUCUUCUGAGGCAGCUGUGCGCUCGGAGCGGCAGGCGUCGUGGGAGGAGCUUUUCGCGCAGGCAAGUAGCGCCUCGUUGCUCAAGCCCGACGUCGCCGCUGCGUCUGCUCCAGAGCGCACGCUGCCACUGAGCACAGACGCGGCAGCCGCUUGGUGCUGCGAAGCCGUCGGCGGCGCAAGUCACGAGUCGGCCGAUGUGGCGUGCGCGACGUGCGCCAAUCCAUCACUGCUGAACGACGUCUGCACGACGGGAUGCGUUGCAGCGGCACCGUCGUCGAGGGCCAGCAAGAAGCCGAGCGCAUCGGCGUGCCUUGCACCGGCCGCCUCGCCGGCUGCGGCAGUGUGCUGUCCCGUGGCGCCAUCGCCGAGCAGCGGCUGCUGCUCCGACGCCUGUCCGCCUGGCUGCGAGGAGCCCACUGCGUCGCCGUGCGCCGGCGCCGACGUUGUCUGUCCCGGCUCGCCGUGCACCGAGGCGGUGCCAUGCGCCGGCGACGAGUGCGAGAUCGAGCCGUGCCCCGAGCCAUGCAUCGACGGCUGCGUCGUUGCGGCCGAUGGAUGCCCCAGCGUCUGCGACGGCUUCGUGCCGCCGGACAGCUGUCCCGAGGUGCCGCCGGCCGUAGUCUGCGGCAGCAAGCCCACUGCACACGUGGCCGCAUCGCUGCUGGCCCCUGCGCAUGCGCCGGCAGCAGCAGCGCAUGCAGCGGACGUCACGGCGGGCAUGUACGGCGGCUUCGACUCGUUCCAGGAGCUGCUGGACUGCUGCUGCUGCACCGACGUCUAUCCUGCGCCCGCUCGCGCCGGCGCUUCGACAACAAGCGACAGCAGCGCGCCUCGAGGUGCCCCUUGUGGCGCCGGCUGCGUCACUUCCUGCGGCACGACGCCGGGCGCCUCGACGUCGGCAUCCGUGCUGAGUCCCGUCUCCGUCGAGCAGCAGUCGCGCAGCAGCGGCAUGAGCACACCGAUGCAGCUCUCCGACUCUGCCUCGUCCAUGCUCGCCUCGAGCAGUCGCGCACGCAGCAUCAGCUUCGCCGACUUGAGUAGUGGGGGUGCGAGCACUACCACCUCUUCGUGCUUCUCUGCUGGCAAUACUCCACGCACACUCGACGUCGACUGGUCCGUCUCGCCGGCGCGGCAUGGCAAGCAGCGAGAACAGUACGGCGAACAUGCGUCGGCUCACUCCUACUUCGUGCUGCCGGGCGCUGUAGCGCACCACGGCAAUGGCCACCGCCAGCACACGGAGCUGAACUGCGCGCAGCAGCCGCCGCACCAGCAUAGCGACGCUGGCUUCUGUCUGCCGCCCGCCAUGACGCUCUGCAACAGCAGUCACUGCGGCGAAGAGUGGCACGCCCAUGGCCAACAGAGUACUCGCACGCUGCCGCACCAGCCGCAUACACAUCAGACUCAUCACCAUCCCUUUGCCUUUGUGCCGCCGCCGCCGUCGGGGCGCAGCGGAUGGAACGCGCUGGACUUUCAGCAGCGCAACGCGCCCGUCGCCAUGCCUCCAGCAUCGCCUGCCGAGACGCACAUCUGUCAAUGGGCCGGCUGUGGCCACCACGCCAGCAGCGUGGCAGAGCUGGUGGCGCACGUGCACUUUGCACACCUUGCCGGUCCGCAGGCGCCAGCUCAGCAGCAGCAGUCGCACCUAAAUCACUUUGGGCAUGCCCAAGCGGCGCCAAUUGCGCAGCAGAUGCAGCCGCCACAACAAGUCUGCCAAUGGGACUCGUGUUCCGUCGCGGCGCCCAACAUGCCUCACGAUACCAGCGGCGCCGGUGUGCUGCAGCAUCUCCUCACGGCGCAUCUGGGCCGUGAGGACAGCGAUCCGUCGGCGCUCCUGGCUGCCUUCUUCGGCGGCGAGCAGAUGCCGUCGUCUGCGACACCUGCUGCACGCGGCCCGGCGUAUACUGCCGCCGGCAUCCCGACGGGCAAGCGCCGUCGUCUGACGCAGGCUGCCGAGUCCAUCGUGCACAAGAGUGCUCCGAGUCAUCUCGACCGUGCCGCCGCUGGCUUCAGCAACACGACGUCUCCGCACGCAACGACGACGCCGGGCUCUUCGACGCAUGCAACGCCGGCGCCGGACAAUGGCGGCGCACAUCGCUGUGGCUGGGUCGGCUGUGGGCAACUGUUUGAGAGCCAUGCGGCGCUGACGGAGCAUCUGGGCGCAGCACAUGUUGGCAGUGGACAUACGGAGUAUGCGUGUGGUUGGGAGGGAUGCGAACGUGCUAGGACGGGACAGACUUUCUCGCAGCGACAGAAGGUGAUGCGCCAUCUGCAGACGCACACGGGCGAUCGUCCAUAUCAGUGCGCUACAUGCUCAAAAAGGUUCUCAGAGCCCACAACUCUCCAGGCGCAACACAUGAGGACGCAUACCGGCGCCCGGCCGUACGCCUGCGACUUCCCAGGCUGUUUGAAAACCUUCGCCGUGGCAGGUAGCUUAACGAUCCACAAACGCACGCAUUCAGGCGAAAAGCCGUUCAGGUGUACCUUAUGCUCGUUCGCGUCGAGCGAGUCAUCCAACUUGACCAAACACCUGCGGGUUCAUAGCGGCGAGCGGCCGUUCAGGUGCGAGGUAUGCAACAGAGGCUUUUCGAGGCCUGAUCAGGUCUCGCGGCAUCGCAAGGUGCAUCUCAAGGAGGCCGAGCGUGCCACCGCGGCUGCCGCCGCCUCGGCCGCCAGUGCCUCCGCUCGCUCGAGCGUCGAUGGCACCGGCGUCGGCAGCGGCAGUGGGAGCAGCAGUGAUGCCGCCUCGUCGGCCUCUGCGGGCACCUCGCCAGCUCUGCCCAGCUCUGCUGCACCCAUCACGUCCUGAGCGCCCCGGCCUCGGCGCUGUACGACAGAACGACCUUGCCCAUCUCGCCUGUGCGCUGGCCAGUUGCAAUAUCACCGUCCUCAUCAUCGC